UGGACUAAUGGGGUCGCUGCCCUAUUAAAGCGCCUGUGAUCCACACGCACUUCAUCUCCGCAUUUUCCGUAUAAUUUCCUACUUUCUCUCCAUACACACCCUUCUCUCUCUCUCUCAUAAGCACCCUGCGUUUCCUCCGGACGUCUUUCUUUUUUCUUGCUUGGACAAACUUGGACUAGUCUUCUUCUCUCUUCUUGGUCUAUGAUGGACUGGGCAGCCAUGCAUCUGGGUAGGGCUGAAUAAACCCUAGGCUUCGAAAAUGGUGUUCAAGGGCAGGUUUUUUUCAUCUAAGAAAUCUGGGUCUUCGAGCCCAGAUGCAUCAAACAGCCCCAGAUCGUUUGGAUCGAAUUCCCCUGUCAGAUCUGAGAAGAAGAAGGUUAAAUCCGCCAAAGAUGAGUGUCAGAUUGCUUCGUGUAGUGCCGUUGGCUUGGGGGGUGGUUCGUGCCGGCAAACGCAAGUUAAGGUUAGUCCCAAGAAGAAAGAUGGGAAGAGCAAGGACUCCCAGAGUCAACAGGCUCAAAUUCAAAAUCAGUCUAAGCCCAACUCGUCGGCCGCAUGUUCAAAUUCGAGUUCAAAUUUGAAACCGCGGAAUUUUGGGGAUGCGAAGGAGCCAGGGCCGUCGGCCACCGCGGCAGCAGCGGCAGCAGCAGCGUCGCCCAUUCUGGCAUCAUCCCUGGGGUUGAAUAAGAUAAAGACGAGAUCGGGUCCUCUACCGCAGGAGAGCUUCUUUGGGUUUCGAGCCGGUGGCGGCGGUGAGAAGGGGUCGGGGCUCGGCGCAAGCAAUCUUUCGAGGCUAGGUGGUGAUGGGUGUUCGAGUUCAGGGUCGGCCAGCGGCGGGAAGAGUAGUGGGAAAAUGAAGGAGGGAUUGAAUGAGAGGAGGGCGAGUAUGCAGGAGAAUCCUGUGUGCAGGAAUUGGGCUGAUAAUGGGAAUAAUUCAGAUAGUAUGUCGACUGGGAGUGCACCAUCCAGGGACCAGAGCCCAAUUGUUCAGGCCCCUUCCCGGCUGCAGAAUGGUGAAUCAUCUUCCAAUGCGGAGCAAUGCAAUGUAUCAUGGGGGCAUUCUGGAGGCUUGAGAAGUUCAGAUGUUUGCACACCUGAGACAUCAUAUGAUUGUGAAAACCCAAAGGAAUCUGAAUCUCCUCGUUUUCAAGCCGUUCUUCGUGUGACAAGUGCACCUAGAAAAAGGUUUCCUGCUGAUAUUAAAAGCUUCUCCCAUGAAUUAAAUUCCAAAGGCGUACGACCUUACCCAUUCUGGAAGCCUCGAGGCUUAUAUAACCUGGAGGAGGUGUUGGUUGUCAUAAGAGCAAAAUUUGACAGAGCAAAGGAAGAAGUGAACAAUGAUCUUGCUACACUUGCUGGCGAUUUGGUUGGAAUUUUAGACAAAAAUGCAGAAAGUCAUCCUGAGUGGCAGGAAACUAUUGAGGACUUGUUGGUGUUAGCUAGGAGCUGUGCUUUGAUGUCAGCUGGAGAGUUUUGGCUUCAAUGUGAAGGCAUAGUGCAAGAACUGGAUGAUCGGCGUCAAGAACUUCCUAUGGGUACACUGAAGCAGCUUCAUACCCGAAUGCUUUUCAUUCUGACAAGGUGUACACGAUUGUUGCAGUUUCACAAGGAAAGCGGGUUGGCUGAGGAUGAGCAUGUUCUUCAACUUCGCCAAUCCAGAAUCCUUCAUUCUGCAGAUAAAAGAAUUCCUUCUGGUGUGAUAAGCAGUGGGAAAAUUCCAAGUGCUGCAAAGGCCACAAAAGCAGCAAUCGCAAGGAAAUCUUAUAGUCAGGAACAGCAUGGCUUGGAUUGGAAAGGAGGCAAUGUUCCACAACCUGGAAAUUUUCUCUCUCCUGGUACUAGUGACACCACAAAGAAUUUGGAAUCUCCUGCAAGCAGGGACCGGAUAGCUUCUUGGAAGAAACUUCCAUCCCCAGCUGGGAAAACCACAAAAGAAGCAGCUCUGGUGAAGGAGCAGCAGAAUGACAGAAAGGUAGAAUCUUUGAAAAUAUCAAAUAACAGGGGACUAAGUCCUGAUAGCGAUCUCAUUGCUGUUAAGUCUCCUGAACUUCCUCCUGGCAAAGAUUCUCAUGGACAUCCUUCUGUUCCUUCCAAGCACCAGCACAAAGUAUCUUGGGGUUACUGGGGAGAUCAGACUAAUAUUUAUGAGGAGAGUUCAAUAAUUUGUCGCAUUUGUGAGGAGGAGGUUCCAACUUCACAUGUGGAGGAUCAUUCAAGAGUUUGCGCAAUUGCUGAUCGAUGUGAUCAGAAGGGUCUAAGUGUGAAUGAGCGUCUUGUUAGAAUUUCUGAGACUCUUGAGAAGAUGAUGGAAUCAUUUUCGCAGAAGGAUUUUCAACAUGCGGGAAGCCCAGAUGUUGCAAAAGUAUCAAACUCGAGCAUUACAGAAGAAUCCGACGUUCUUUCUCCAAAAUUUAGCGAUUGGUCUCGCAGAGGCUCAGAAGACAUGCUUGACUGUUUCCCCGAAGCUGAUAAUUCUGCCUUUAUGGAUGACUUAAAGGGUUUACCAUCUAUGUCGUGUAAAACUCGUUUUGGUCCAAAGUCUGAUCAAGGAAUGACAACAUCAUCUGGAGGUAGCAUGACUCCUCGAUCUCCUUUGUUGACACCAAGAACGAAUCAGAUUGACUUGCUUUUGGCGGGAAAGUUCUCUGAACAUGAUGAUCUUCCUCAGAUGAACGAACUUGCCGAUAUUGCUCGAUGUGUUGCGAAUGCUCCCAUGGAUGAUGAUCACUCCUUGUCAUAUUUAAUCUCUUGUCUUGAAGAUUUACGUGUUGUAAUUGACCGUAGAAAAUUGGAUGCGCUUACAGUGGAGACUUUUGGUGCUCGAAUAGAAAAGCUAAUACGGGAGAAGUAUUUGCAGCUGUGCGAGCUAGUUGAUGAUGAGAAGGGUGACAUAACAAGUACUGUAAUCGACGAAGAUGCUCCUUUGGAAGAUGAUGUAGUUCGUAGUCUGAGGGCAAGCCCUAUACAUUCUGCUUCCAAGGACCGUACCUCGAUUGAUGACUUUGAGAUAAUAAAACCAAUCAGUCGUGGGGCAUUUGGCAGGGUUUUCUUGGCAAAAAAGAGAACAACAGGGGAUCUUUUUGCUAUGAAGGUUCUUAGAAAGGCAGAUAUGAUUCGUAAGAAUGCUGUUGAGAGUAUUUUGGCAGAACGCGAUAUUUUAAUUUCAGUCCGCAAUCCUUUUGUGGUCCGUUUCUUCUAUUCUUUUACUUGCCGUGAAAACUUGUAUCUUGUGAUGGAGUACUUGAAUGGAGGAGAUUUGUACUCUCUGUUGAGAAAUUUAGGUUGCUUAGAUGAAGAUGUUGCUCGUGUGUACAUAGCCGAAGUUGUGCUAGCUUUGGAAUAUUUACAUUCACUACGCGUGGUUCAUCGUGAUUUGAAGCCUGAUAAUCUAUUGAUUGCACAUGAUGGCCACAUCAAGUUGACGGAUUUUGGGCUUUCAAAGGUUGGUCUCAUCAACAGCACUGAUGAUUUAUCUGGUCCAGCAGUUAGUGGCACAACGCUACUUGGUGAAGAGGAACCUCAGUUAUCUGCAUCUGAACAUCAGCGAGAAAGAUGUGAGAAACGUUCAGCUGUUGGCACACCUGACUAUUUGGCACCCGAGAUACUCUUGGGAACAGGGCAUGGUGCAACUGCCGAUUGGUGGUCUGUGGGCAUUAUUCUAUUUGAACUGAUUGUUGGUAUCCCGCCCUUCAAUGCUGAGCAUCCUCAGAUAAUAUUUGAUAAUAUUCUCAACCGCAAAAUACCUUGGCCGGGGACACCAGAAGAAAUGAGCGCUGAAGCACAAGAUUUAAUAGAUCGGUUGUUGACAGAAGAUCCUCAUCAGAGGCUUGGAGCUAAUGGAGCAUCAGAGGUGAAGCAGCAUCCAUUCUUCAAAGACAUCAACUGGGAUACACUUGCUAGGCAGAAGGCUGCUUUUGUUCCCUCCUCAGAAAGCGCCUUUGAUACCACUUACUUCACAAGCCGUUACUCAUGGAAUCAUUCAGAUGACCAUGCUUAUGCAGCCGAUGAGCUUGAGGAUUCUAGCGACACUGGCAGCAGUGGUGGCAGUAGUAGUUGCUUGAGCAAUCGCCAGGAUGAAUUGGGUGAUGAAUGUGGAGGUCUAGCCGAGUUUGAAUCUGGCUCAUCUGUCAAUUAUUCAUUCAGUAAUUUCUCAUUUAAGAAUCUCUCUCAGCUAGCAUCAAUCAACUAUGAUUUGCUUACCCAAGGGCUUGAAGGAAGAUCCCCCAGAAAAUCCUAAUGCGUGACUGCCCAUCUCCAUCAAAACCCAUAUUGAAUUUGACAUUUGAUCGAUCUUUGGGCAUAUUGGAAGGCCCAAACACAUCGGUGUUGUUUGUGUACCUUGUAUAUGUAUGACUCGUCUGUUUUUGUUUUUUUCCCCAAUUCUGUUUACUUACAUUUAGUAUGUAAAUUAACACCCUCUUUGUUUUCUUGAUGUGCUAACUCGCAGAGCAAAGAAGUUUUAAGACCAAAACGGCUCCAAGACAUUCUUUUUCCUCUUGUGGGCAACAGCUUUGGCUUUGAAGUUGAAAACUUAAGGUUGAGCAAUGUAGUUUGGUUUGGGGACCUUCAUGUAUUUUGAUUAAAGAUUGUGCCAUUUGGGGGUUCAACCUCUGGCCUUUGGAUGUACAUGCAUGGAUUCCAAAUAUAUCAAUGAGAAACGCUUCCUAUUUAUUUUU